AUGGCGACGUCGACUCCGGCGUCGUGGUCAGAACUCCCGCCGGACGUGCUAGGCCUGGUCAUCAACCGACUGGUUUCCUUACCGCGCCGCGCCUCGCUGUGGUCACGACUCCGACGGCACCUGGGUUUCCGCGCUCGCUUCAGAGAAUGGCCGCGAGUCCGACGGUUUCUUGAUUUCAUCGCUGGCUUUGGCUUCAAGAAGGUGCGGCGUGACCGGCACUGGGUCUCUUUCGACCGCGCUCGCUUCCGCAUGGUGUGUCGUUCGUGGCAUCGAGCUAUGCGCCGACACAUUGCGGCUUCACGACAGGUACCCUGGAUUGUCAUGUCAGAUGGCUCGUUCUUCACACCUUCGGAUCCUGUUGGCACCUCCCCUUCCCGGCUCCCCACCUUGCCCAGCAAUACAACAUGCAUUGCCUCCUGCGACGAUUGGCUCGCCCUCGACCUCAUCGAUGACGACAAGAUGCAUAGCUACUCAUUGCACAAUCCGUUCACUGGCACCACCGUGUUGCUCCCCGAGCUGGAUGCUAUCAUCGGCAAUGUUUCCAAGAUUUUCAAGGUCCGUAAAGUGCUCCUAAGGUCAACGCCUUCUGACAUCAUCGCUGUCAUGACCAAUAAUUGGAAUCAUCCCCUUAUCUUAGUCCGACCAGGGAAGGGUGUGUGGCUGCCUGAGCCACAAAGCGUCCCCUUCAUCUACAUCGUCGACAUUGCUUUUCUUGGAGACAAACUAUAUGGAAUCACUCGGGCCGAGGAUCUAGUCUCUCUAGAUAUAAAUUUUGAUAGCGAUGGCAUACCCACAGUUACUAGUAUCGAGCGCCUCAUCAAGCACCCAUCUGGCAAUUACGAUUUUGAUGUGUGGCGCGAUGUUGACGACAACAAGAAUGAUGAGGGUGGUAAGGACGAGGCCACGAAUAAUUAUGAGGGCCACACUGAGGCGCCGCGUGAGCAAAAUCCCGAGGAGGCCGCCUUAGAAGAACUUCGGAAGAAAACAGGCGAUGACAUGAUUCUUGAAGGCGUAGUAUGUUGGGUGGACGAUGAUGUGCCAUACGAACCUAAGGAUCUCAUCACUGUCAUGUGGCACUUAGUCGAGUCAUGUGGGAAGCUGCUCAUGGUGAGACGCCAACUGCAUUGGCCUGCAUAUAGUAUCAACUUCACUAGCAAGGUGGAGGUUUAUGAGACAGGUGUCAAUGAAGGCGCACAAUGGGUGCUAGUUUCAGGUGGGCUGGGCAACCAAACGCUUUUCAUCAGCAAAUUCUUUUGCAAAUCCAUUUAUACAUGUGAAGACGGUGACCGCGAGGAUCUUCAUUUUAUCGACACGGGUGAAAAGUACAAUUUGAAAUCCCAAACUAUGAGCCCCACCUGGAGGGAUUUUAGCUACCAAGAGUCUAUGUGGAUCUUUAGUGAGGAGCUAGUGGUUUGA